AUGGGGUUAACGAAUAAGAGUGAGGGAGAACAAGUCACACCCAACACCUCUGAUGUACCCAAUGAAUAUCCAACAGUUGGAAGAGGAAACAAUUCACAGCAGCAUACUCCAGCACGGUAGCAAACAUGAAAAACAGGCACACAGCCAUCCAGAUGUCAACUGCCUUCACGUAGGAUACCUGCAAUAUCUAUCAACAGAGCAGUCGACCUUCCUGGAGUCCUCCCAUGGCCUAUCUAGUGAGUUGUCAGCCCUUGUGAACUGACUGUUGUUCUUCAAUUUUAUCCUGAAUUUCUUCUGGUUUUUAAAGAAGCUUUCCAUGAUAGUUCCAGUUGUUUAACGUACCAUGUCAAAGAGAUCAUCUUUCAUCUCUUCACACUAUCCACCCUCCACUUCCAUCUGCCUUUCCUCCCUGCACUUCUUUUUCUUUCUUUCUUUUUUCUUUUGUACAUUUGCUUCUGA